GAACAAAACGACGUCGUACCCCUAAAACCUGAAUGUAAAAAUAUUGAAACAGAGCUAACCAGUGCCGCCAAGUAAAGAAGCAAAACCAUCUAAAUGGCAACAGAGUUAGAAGAAUUGAUUGGCUUUCUCUCUUCCCCUUCUUCUCCAGUGAAAAAACUAGCGGUUGAUAUUGUUCGUGAUUAUACUGGUUCUGAGGAUGGCUUGGAAUCUCUUGGCAAGUACUCUGACGUUGUGCUUCCCUCUCUGUCUCGCCUUCUUGGUGAAGAAAAGGUGGUUUCUGAACCUGCCGCUCAAGCACUGGUAAAUCUGUCACAAAAGCCAGAGUUGGCAGCUAAGAUGGUUGAGAUGCAUAUGGUUAAGAUAUCGAUGGAGACCCUGUACAAGCAAGAUUGUGAAAUCACAACUCUGCUGAUUAUGCUCCUUGUUAAUCUCACACAGCUGGAUGCUGGUAUUGAUUCUUUGCUUCAGUCUGCAGAUGAGAAGAUGCAUGGCUUAUAUGUCAUGAAGCUUGUGAGAUCAUUUUGUUCGUCCUCCUCUGAGAGUGAAGUUGAUCCCUUUGAACAUGUGGCUUCUAUACUUGUUAACAUUUCUAAGAAGGAACAGGGGAGAAAGCUUCUGCUUGAUCAAAAACGAUCCCUUCUAAAGCUAAUAGUCCGGCAAGAUUCUAAGAGCUUGUUGCGAAAGAGAGGGGUUGCAGGAACCAUCCGCAACUGCUGCUUUGAAGCGGAGAAUCAGCUGCAAAAUUUGCUUCUGAUUUCUGAAUUCUUAUGGCCAGCUCUGCUCCUGCCUGUUGCUGGAAAUAAGGUUUAUAGUGAGGAAGACACUCGGAAAAUGCCACAAGAACUUGCAUGUGCACUCUCAAUCGAGCGAGAACCCGUUACUGAUCCUGAAAUUCGUGUACAGGCACUAGAGGCUAUUUAUUUGCUCAUAUUACAGGAAGCAGGCAGAAGAGCAUUUUGGUCAGUGAAUGGUCCCCGGAUAUUGCAAGUUGGCUAUGCAGAUGAGGAUGAUCGUAAAGCAAUGGAAGCAUAUGAGCGAGCUGGCUCCUUGCUGAUUCAAGAGGGUGGCCUCGAUGAAGAAUCAACAGAGACAUCGUCGUAGACAUCUUGUAUUCUUGCUUGUUUUGAUAA